AAUGACGAGAGUGUUCCGAGAUACCCGUGCGGGUGUUGUGUUUAAUACAUAUAUCACUGCCGCGUUUUACGGAGAAUUUCGAGUUCCUUUUGUUCCCAUUAUGGAGUGGUGAGUGUUAAACUAUUGUUUUGAAGGAGUGGGUUUUUGUUUAAAUAUUUCAGGGAAAUGGGAUUGGUUCAAGAGGUCAACAAUUUUUCUUGUCUUUGCCCCAUAGUGAUGUGUUUUCUUUAUUUGCACGUGUUUAUAGUAGACGUAUGCAUUCGUCUUUGUUUAAAACAUAGGAGUGUAUUUUUCUAUGCAUGUGAACUGUGCUUGGAUAAUCAUAUCUGGCUUAGUGACAGAGCGGCCACAAUUUUACGGGCUCAGCACAUUUCUGCUAACCGGCGCAGGGAGGCAUUGCAUGGCGGGAUAUUGCAAGGGGAGUAUGGCCUCCCUCGGGGGGAUAGUGGCAUGGAAGGUACCACUGGCCUCCCUCGAGAGAUAGUGCAGGGAUGGGCACUAGUGUAUACCUUGGGAAGGGCUCCUCAGACACUGUUCAAGGGGAGAUGGGGGAUACUGCUGGUAUGCCUCGGGCUGUUCUGCCGCUCGACUGAGGGGUUGUUCUCACUGGAGGGAGAAAUUUUUUUUUCUCAGUGUGGGUGAACUCCCCCUUUUCCUUUUUUUUUCUUUGUGUUGGGGUAUGGGUCUGGCCUUGACAUUGAAUGCUAAGAUGUCAGCUGAUUGAUUAGUUGAUGAAGUGAAAUGCCCGUAGAGUCUUUUUUUUUAGAAAAGAUUUUUUUUUUCUCUCUCUUGGACGAAGAGAAAAGGAAAUAAAAAGAGAUUUUUCUUUUCCGUGAAUGCGGGGAAAAGUAGUUAACAUGCACGGGAUGUGUUAUAUGUUUCUUUGUGCCUUGAAAGACACAAAUAUAAGGGGGAUACACAGAUUAUUUUUUUAUUGUGUUGGAGAAAUUACUUUGAAAUGCCGAUGAUUGGUGUUGUAUCUGUGUUGUGUGGCAAUGGUGUUAUGUCAUGGUGUUGCAUGCUGGAGAAAUUGUAUGUCAUAGGAUUCAGCAAUACUGUGUAUGCUAUUUGAAUUUCACCCUUACUUGAGAUUUUUGCUAUGGAGAGUUAUUAUUAUUAUUAUUAAUAAUUAUUAUACUUGAGAUGUGUCACGAGAGGUUUGCUUAAGUAUAAUUAUCAUUACGGGAGAAUUGUUUUACGAGAGAUUUGAGAUAUUUCAUGGGAGAUUAUUCAAUAAUUAUUACAGAUAAUUAUUCAGGGAGAAUUAUUACAAUGAAUUAAUGGGAGAAGUCUUGUGUUAAUUAUUUGUUGAGUUUUUGUAACUUUGGAGAAUAUUUUCAGUGAUUCACGGGGAUGAGUUUUGCUGAAUCUUGAUGAGUCUGAUUGAAUCUUGGUGAGUUGUGUUGAAUCUUGCUGAAUAUUUUGCUGAAUUUUUGGAGAAUGGACAAGCAUUAACAUUGGUGAUAUUUUUUGUACUGAUACUGAUGAUUUUGAUGAUAGCAAUUUUUUUUUUGGUGAUUUUGUGAUAAUGAUAUUUCUGAUACUGAUUUUUUGUGUACUAAUACGUGGGCGUUUUAAUGCUGUCAAGGGAGGUGAAAUCUUUUGUGAUUAUGGGAAGAACUAACAACACAUUGUUUUAGUUUUUUUUCUUUUUUUAUGAGUUCAGCAGAUAAUUGCUUGACAUCUAGUGAGUUACGGGAGAUAGUUAAUGGUGCCGUUGAUUUUUCUUUUCUCCUUUUUUGGAAAUUAGCCAUCGCUGACACAAGUUUUUUUUACCAAGGGUGAAUUUGAAUUUAUUUUUUCUCUCCAGUUGGUGUGGAUUUUUUUUAAUAUCUCAGUUCGUGACUUAGAGUCAUUGUUCGGGAACGUGUUUGUGUUUUAGCUAUUUGAUGCUAUAGAGAAAUAUAUGGGAGAAUUUUUUGCACGUUUUGAUUGCAUACGUAAUGGCACUACAUUUCUUCUCUGGAUAUUUGUGUUCCAGAAAUUGUGAGUUUUCUUGCACAAUACCUUGGUUGUAUUUGUGACAACUUUGUGAGAGAUAGGAAACUUGGUUAAGUUUUCUAAUGGCUUAUGUCGUAGUGCAUAUGGGGAAGUCUUUGCUUAGACACCGUGAGUUGGGAAUUCUGUUAUAAUGACUUGUGGCACUUUGGUGAUUUUUUCUAGAAUUUUCUAGACAGUUUUAUUUGCCGAGUUUUUGCCCUUUUUUAGCAGUUAUGCUAAAUGGAGUGAGUUUUUAUAGUUUUUGACUAUAACAUUGAGUUAUUCUUUGGAGAAUUGGAGUUAUAAUUGAGAUAUAUUAUUUUGGAGAGAUAAUUGGAGGUAUAUAUUAUUUUGGAGUUAUAAUUUGAGAUAUAAUAUAUGGGAGAUAUAUAUUUUUGGCCAUUGUUGAUAUUUGCCAAUGUGAUGAGAGCUAUGUUUAGUUCAAUUAUUUUGCAGCCAUCUUUGUUGCAAAUGGAGACACAUAUUUGGAGAUUAUGGGGCAAUGUUUGUGAGUGAGUGAGUUAGUUGCCUUGAGUGCACAUUUUUUGGAGAUAUAUAUUUUUUGGAGCCUUGUUUUGUUCCACAUGGAGUUAUUGGGGAAAUAGAGGUAAAUAUUUUGUAUUUGCCGAAAUAGAGGUGAUUAUUCUCUAUUCCUGGAGUGGUGAUUUUUUUUUACUGACAUGUGGCUAUUAGAGAAAUAAGAGAAUAAUAUAAGGAGGUUGGUUAUUAACCAAAUGGAGGAAAUAUUUUUAUAACCGGAGUGGUGUUAUUAUUAAUAUGGUGUCUCAUAAUGGAGUUGGGAUUAAUCUUUGGCGGGUGACCCUUUUUUUGUGGUUAUGGGAGUUUUCUUUCGAGCAAAGAGAAGAUUUCUGUGGUUCUCUUUUUUUGAUUUCGUGUCUAUUUAGAGGCGAGUGGCAUUACUGCAUUACGAGUCAUAUGGAGAUGUGUGUGCAUUUUUUAUGUUCACAAGUGUGUUAUUCUUGGAGAAAUAUAAUUUGGGCAAUGUCAUGUUGAGAGAAUAAGUCUUCGAGACAAAUUUUUGAACACAUUAGUCAUAUCCUGGAGUUAAUUCUGUGAAAUGUGUCAGUUAGACCUUUUUUUUUCUAGAGGAUCAUGAGUUUCCAAACUUAUGUGUCUGACUAGACAAUUUUUAUGCUACUGUUUGAGCAUACGUCCGCAGGCGAUUUUUCUGCUGACAAGCGAUGUGAUGAGCCGUGUGCUGAGCGUGUGCUGAUUCUUUUCCUCUGAUGGUGAUAGAUCAGAAUUUUCGCAAUAUCUGGAAAUGUUGGCUAUAGCAUUUCAUGAAAGCGCAUGUGUAAGAGUUUGCUUUCUGGCAAAUUCCAUAACUUUACAUGGAGCAUUUCUUGGGAAAAACGCGGGAGUUAUGCAUAUUAUACAUAUAUUAUGUAUUUUGUGAUUGGGGAAAUCUUCUUGUGAUUAUCUUUUUUUUAUUAUUAUUUUUCUUCCUUUCCCUAUGAGAGAUAUGAUUUGGGGAUUGAGCUUAAGUAACAUUUCUUUUUUGGACGGGAGAUUUGAUUUUACCGAGAGAUGUGAUUUUUCUAGGGUUGUUACUUAAGUAAUGGGAGUUUGACAUUAAGUCUCAUUGUGAUUAAUUAUUGAGCAGUAAAGGGGUUUUUGCUGUUAAAAGUUGGAGAUUUUUACUGAUUUUGUGGGUUGUUUGAAUGUCAGAACUUGAGAGAAUAUUUUUUUGGGUCUGGGUAUGUUACGAGAUACUUUCUUUUUUUUCUUGGGCUUAUUACGAUUUUGUCUUCUUUUUUUUUCUCUUGUGAGCACAUUCGAGUUCGAAAUGUGAGUGCAGAAUUCCGUGGAGUUGCUGUGAUUUCUGAGUUGUGUGUGUGCUGAUGUGCGAAUUUGGAGAAUUGAGUUGGAGAACUUGAUGUUUUUUUUUCUUAGAGAGUUGUGAUAAUGACUUGUCAUUUUAGUAGUCAUAUUAAGGGAGUUAAUUGGGAGAUGUUCAGUUAGUAUUUCUGACCUUUUUGAGAUCAUUGUUUGAUAGAGGUAGUAUGUUUGGGUUAACUUUCUUGGAUUGACCAAAGACUUGACUGACAUACUAACACACACCCAAAAAAAGUCGUUCCCCGACACCAGCAAGACGUCCACCAGCCGUGCCGAGAGGUUGCUGUUAUUUUACCCCAGGGUGAUUACAAGAAUUUCCAUGAUGGGUGUUCGAGAGAAUUCUACAGCGUGUUUUUUGGGGAUCUACAAGAAGCCGUGAGAGUCUUCUACGAUGAGGGAGGCAUUCCGUCUUCCUACAGUUGCUACAGCCUGCUAUAGCCUGUUGCUGUCUGUUCAGCUAGUUGCAGACAAGCGAAGAGGGAUAUUCAAGAAUCCUAAUGCAGAAAAUAUGAGAGAAAAUGCGUCUUGUGUUAUUGGGAGAUUAAAGCGUGAUAAGACUUUAUUUUAUAAUGCCAGAGACGUGCAGUUUUACUUAUUUUAUUUUAAGCCGGCCAGUGUUUUGUAUUAUAUAAGCAAUUUUGCUAGGCGGGAGCUAGCAUUUGAGCGAGGCCGAGCAAUCUGUAAGGCCUAGGGAUUUUGAUUAAUAAUAUAUUGUUCGUGCGUUCUCUGUGACCUAUGGAAUGUGGAGAACAGUGCAGAGGUGACGACCUGAGAGUAGCUGAUCAAUGAGUUUCUAGGGGGUGGCGUGAGAUAAAAGUGCUUAAUUCAGGAAGUCAAUGUACGACAGUUUAUGAACUCUUCUCAAAGUGCCUUUGGGAAACUGGUUGUAGCCAGUAAUAUGAGGCGUUGUCGAAGUGUGCAUUCGUAUGUGCGUGUGCGCCUCUUCUAUUCAUAAUGUAUCACUAGCCAAGUCUAUGGGAAGACUUGCACAGAGAUUCGGGGGAGGAAGGCAAAGCCAUGAUGGCAGGUGCCAAAGUGUUUUUUUAAACAGUGAGUGAUAUUCCGGUUGGGAAUGGGUUCGACCCAUUUCAAGUCUUUGAGGUGGAGCACGAGGCUUGCUUGGAUUUCGAGGUCACCAUCAAAAGUGGAGAGUCUAUAACGAAAGGCAGCAUGAUCAAUGACUUGCUGGACACACCUGACCCCUACGUAGUCUUACGCAUCCCAGGAUGCUCAAAUUCGUCCAAAAGAACCAGCCAUAUUGACAACUGCGUUAGUCCCAUGUGGGAUGAAACGUUCCAUUUCUUCUUGGAUCCAUGCAAGGAACACACUCUCAAGGUGACCCUUAUGGAUGCCAACUACACCCUCGAUGAAACCUUAGGUGAAGAUACGUUUUGCGUCAAUGAGCUCACCAACGGCGUCCCAAAAGAUCACACCUUCGUCUUCCCCGGAGGAUCCAAAGUUCAUGCCCAGUUGAAACUGGAUAAGAACAAAGUACCGGACCUGCGGUUCUCCUUAGCCUUGUGCAGAGAGGAGAAAGAGUACCUCCUGACUCGUCGAAAGAAGGUCUUGGCUGCACUGCAGUCGCUCUUGGGCGACAGGGCACCCGACACAGAAAAGCAGGUCCCAAUCCUGGGGAUACUCGGGUCAGGUGGAGGAUUCAGGGCUAUGACCUGCCUCUCUGGGGCCGUCAAAGCCUUGCAAGAGAGUCAUAUCCUGGACUGUGCCACUUACAUCGCUGGAUUAUCAGGAUCAUCUUGGUACAUUUCGACCUUGUAUGCCCACGACAUAUUUCCCAGGGUAACCCACACCCAAAUCCAGGCCGAGCUGCGAGAGUCGGUGACGAAGGGCUGGAAGAUGAAACUCUUGAAUGCCCCUAAAUACAUCGCCAGCAUGGCUGCCAAGUACAAGAAGGGCCAGCCUGUUUCUUUCACCGAUUUCUUCGGUCACCUCCUCGGGGAUGUCUUGCUGAAGGGGGCUAAACACAAGAAGCUAACUGACAUGCAGAAGUUCUUGGUGCAAGGUAUUGUUCCCAUGCCCCUCUUCACCUGCCUCCAUGCCAAGCGGAAUGUGUCGUGCAGGUCAUUCUCGGAAUGGGUUGAAUUCUCCCCGUAUGAGAUUGGAAUUGCGAAGUACGGAACUUUUAUGAAGACUCAGGAUUUCGGGAACAAGUUCAUCGUUGGCAAGAAGAUCAAGCACUUUGAUGAGCUCCCGCUCCAUUUCUUGCAAGGAGUCUGGGGAAGCGCAUUUACGAUACUGUUCAAAAGGCUCGUCAUGGAAGGCGGCAAGAAGGACAUUGUACAGAUCAUGCGAGAUGCCCAAAAAGAGAAGGAAUCUGACAUUCGCGACCGGUUAAAUGACGAACAUGCCUCGGAAGAAGAAUCUGAUUCUGAGGACGAAGAGGACGUUGUGGGAGAAGACGAUGUCAGUGAAGAAGACCUGAAUGGAGAUUUCCGUACACCUUGCGCUGUCGAACCCGGACGGGGAGGAGGCAAUGUUUUCUUCCCUAAGGAAGAUGCUAUCCCAGAGGGCAGGUUAGUCUCCAAUAGGAAGUUCUCCGCUAUUGAAGAAGGCCAAUCGCUUGACGCUAACUUUUCGCUGUUCCCAAAGGAGGACUUCUCGAAGUCUGUGGACAGCUUAAGCUUAGAUGACUCGAAAAAAGAUGAAGACAAAAAGUUACUCCUGAAGGGUCUGAGCUUUGACAGCCACAAGAAGAAGCUCUUGGAAGACAGCCGCCGCAAGAUAAGUACCGAAAGUGACCCCGGUGUCAAGACGGAAUUCCAGCUCUCCCAGCGCGGCAGGCUGGAACGUAAAGGAGCAAUUAAAGGUUCACGAAAGAUGGCAGCAACAGACGAAAAGAAUUCCCAAGGAAGCAAUAACGAUUCAAAGAAUCGUUAUUGGGCGAACAGGAGGAGUACUUUGAGAAAAAACAAAGUGGUGAAAAAGGGUUUAUGGGAUGGCCUGAAGGAGAGCAUCAUGACUGGGGCAAACAUCCUGAAUUCCCGGGCAGGAAGAGCAGGGGAAGUCCUGAACCCAUUCAGAGGUUUAUCCUUGAGACACUCGUUCCCCAUUUCCCCAUUCACCGAAAGUCUAGAGGAAGAAGAGCUCCCCGAUGAAUUGGACAUUGGAAAAGGUUGCCGGUAUGAGGCCUUAGACAACAAGGCAAAGAAGUUGUUCAUUGUUGAUUCUGGGCUAGCCUUCAACUCUCCUUACCCUCUUCUCCUGCGGCCACAGAGAGCAGUCGACAUCUAUUUGUCCUUUGAUUUCUCCCAGAGACCUGAAGAUAAACAUCACCCUUUCAAGGAACUACUCCUGGCAGAGAGUUGGGCAGUUCAGAACAAAGUGCCUUUCCCUCCCAUUAAGAAAAUGGUUGAACAGUACAAAAAUGAAGAACUAAGAGAAUGUUACAUCUUCAAGCACCCUAGUGACUACUUCUGUCCUAUUAUUCUACAUUUCCCACUCGUCAACAAACUUUUCAGAACGUUUAAGAAACCUGGUGUUCCAAGAGAAACAGAUGAGGAGAAGAAGUUCGCAGAUUUCCCCAUCUUCGAUGACCCCAACAAUCCAUUUUCAUCCAUGAACUUUGUAUAUGAGCCACUUCAGUUCGACCGCCUCACACAGCUCGUAGAAUUCAAUACUCUGCUGUGCAUAGAAACUAUAAAAGAUGAGUUGGCGGAGAUCAUUACCAGGAAAAGACAGUAUGCCCAGAAACCUAUGAGCAUCAGUGAUGUGGUUAACACUGUAAAGCGAGUGAACAGCAUACACAGGUUCAGUUCCAACAACACUCUGAAGCUGAAGCUUUCUGAGGAAAAUGAGUUUCAGUUGAAGAAUUUCAUCAAAGAGGAGCGGACGAAGUGGGAGCAACAGUUUAGCGUAGACAGCUCAGAAGAAGGUGAGUUCUUCGAUGCCGAGGAGGACGUAGAAGACAAAGUGGAUGACUCCUGAAAGGAAAUUAGGAACCUCGAGGACUAGAAUCCUCGAAUUUUCUGAACGAGAAGUGACGGUAGUGAUAUACCACCUGUUCAGUGAAUGCAACAUUAUCCCUUUAUUCUAAAGUUCACUGUCAUGGAAAACGAGUGACCAGUUGCAUUACCCUCGAUCAUUAUUCUUUUCAUACCAUCUACUGCACCCAACCUAGUCAUCAGUUAUGUUAACCUGAAGGAUCACCCGGGCAGCAAAGGGAUAUGCUUACUUAGCCAAAGGAGUAUAUGGAAGUAGUAGCUGGUGGAAGGCAGCCAAUCACGCACUGAUCAACUGCUUGACCCUUCAAUACUCUGUAAACUGUUCUUCUUAUGAGGUUUUUUCCUUAAGCUAUUUUGUUCUCCCUUAAAAUGCAUCACUCAUUGUAAAUUCAUUCUGAUAUUUUGUGUUAGCAUGGUAGUUGUAAAUAUGAAUGAUAAGACUUUUUUUUUCAUAAAUAUGGUAAACUUUGUAUUUGGAAGUUUACAUAACCUUGUUUGUUAGUUGAGUUACCAAAAUGACAAAAAAUGCACACAGUAAUUUACUGACCGUGCAAAGGUCAUUAGACAGCUUAUUAUGCUUAUGAUGGUUAUAAAGACAUGCGACUCUCAUUAAAUAUUUGAAGAUUUCUGUAUUCGUAGUGUGACGCGUACAAGUGGAAUGGAUAGAACUCGUCCAAAAGACAUUAAUGUUAAUGUACAGUAGUUAGUACUUUUGAGGUAUCUGACAGACUCAGGCAAACUUGUUAAAGCGUUUGUUGUAAAAAGGAAAAGACUAAGUUUACGGAAUUGAUUGUUAGAUGGUUGAAUGAGGUAUUUAGAGAGAGCUCUUGUAAACCAUACAAUAAAAGUAUACUUUAU